AACACCAGACGAAAUAUUGUUUCUCUAUUUUCCACCAUCCUUCUUUACAGAAUAAAGCAAUUUGCGGCGUCGUGGCGGUUUUCGAUACUCCAUUCAUUUAGUUUAUUUUAAACCUUUUUCUAUUUGUGAUUUACUUUGUUCACCAUAAGAAUGUCUCCAAUUGCAGUCGCGCCGUCAUCGGCUUCCAAAAAUUACAAGUCAGAAUCUACAUUGGCAAGAUUGUUGGGCUCGGGUUAGAUUCCUCAACCUAGUUUGUUAUGGGAUAUCUUACUUAAACUCUAUAGGAUCUGCUGGUAUUGCUGAGCUUGCCGUCUUCCACCCUGUAUGGGAUCACCACAAAUUUCCACUGAGAAUGAAUAUACUGACCCAUGGAAGGUCGACACAAUUGCAAAGAGAUUGAUGAGCAAUCAUGGAUCGGUACAGCCCCCAAAUAUUGAACCUUUUCUUUCUGCCAUGUAGCGCUAAUUACUUCUUUUGCAGACCAAGGGCAAAUUAGCAGAGGUUAUCUUCAAGGAUAAGGCAACAGCUCCAAUCGGCACCAAGUUCUUUUCCCUCUUCCCAGGUCUGGGAUAUGCUGCAGGAUACAAAGUCCUUCAAAGAGUCUACAAGUAUGGCGGACAGCCAUUUGUUCGUGAUUACCUUGCCAAGAACCACGGUAGCACAUUCGAUAACACAUUUGGCGCAAAGACUGGAAAGGCAAUGAUGAGUUCAGUAGCAGGAAGUCUUGUUGGAAUUGGAGAGAUUGUACUCCUCCCCCUUGACGUUCUCAAGAUCAAGCGACAGACAAACCCUGAGGCUUUCAGAGGACGAGGAGUUGUCAGAAUCGUUAGAGAUGAGGGUUUUGGAUUGUACAGAGGUUGGCAAUGGACUGCUGCAAGAAAUGCACCUGGAUCAUUUGCUGUAAGUUCCACUAUUAUUAACCUGAAUGGCUACUAACAUUUUGAAAGCUCUUCGGAGGAUCUGCCUUUGCCAAAGGAUAUAUUUUCAAUUUGAACGAUUACAACAAAGCCACCUGGUUCGAGAACUUUGUAGCUUCUAUCGCUGGUGCUUCUGCAUCCCUCGUCGUCUCUGCACCCCUCGAUGUUAUCAAGACCCGUAUUCAAAACCGUAACUUCGAGAAUCCAGAAAGUGGCUUCAGGAUCGUGUCAAGCAUGAUGAAGAACGAGGGCAUGACAAGUUUCUUCAAGGGUUUAACACCAAAGGUAUGCUGUUUCUCGGAACAUCAAAAGAAAAAGCAUAGCACUAACAUCUAACAGCUAUUGAUGACCGGACCAAAAUUAGUGUUCUCUUUCUGGCUUGCACAAACUUUAAUUCCUGCUUUUGAUAUCGCUCUUUCCAAAUAGGAUACUGGUAGGCGAUUGAGCAUCAUGAUGUAAUAAUACUGAGAAUGGAUGGUAAGGAAAACUGGAGUUCAAUGAUAUAAAACGAUAAAUUGUACCCUCCUUGUAAAUAGCUUGGAGUCGAAUAUGGAAGGGAGGGCAAAGCACUCGACUCAAAUGGCAAUCACAAUGAUAAAUGGCAUAGAUACUUAAGUCAUUAUGAUGUAUGCAGUUGUGAAUCAUUAUGUGUAAGGUUAUAUUUGAUUGAUGUAGAGUAGUUGGUAUUUAUGGUAA